AUGGCAUCCAGCGAGAAAUUUGCGGUGCUCAUCUUUAGUAAGACGGCGGGGUACAGACACGAAUCGAUUGCUGCAGGGAUAGAAGCAAUCCAACGACUCGGCACGUCUUCAGGGGCAUUUACAGUCGACGCAUCGGAAGACGCUUUCCUGAUCAAUGCCGAAAACCUAUCCCGAUAUGCUGUCGUUAUAUUCCUGCAAACUAGUGGCAAUUUCCUCGACGGGGAGCAGCUGGCUGGGCUGCAGGCCUAUGUGAGGAGUGGAGGAGGUUUCGUUGGGAUUCACUGUGCCGCUGCUGCCAUGGAGCGGGAGCCCUGGUACGGUGAGCUCAUCGGUGCCGUUUUUACGGACCACCCGGAGCCACAAGCUGGAGUUGUAGAUGUUGAGAGCAGAGACCAUACUAUCGUCUCCGGUCUACCGGAGAAUUGGGAGUGGUAUGACGAGUGGUAUAACUUCAGCAAAAACCCACGUGCAAAGGUAACCGUGUUAUUGUCCAUCGAUGAGACUACUUAUCAGGGAGGCAAGUUGGGUGACGAUCACCCCUUGGCAUGGUGCCGGGAAUUUGACGGAGGACGUUCUUUUUACACUUCGCUUGGCCACUUUCGCGAUGCAUAUAAGGACAGAAGAUUUAUGAGCCACAUUUUGAAUGGCAUCCUAUGGGCAGGAAGCAGGACAUAG